AUAUAAAACAUAAAAACAUGGAGAAACUAAUCAUCGAUGUUAGAAAAUUGUUAACAUCGGUGUAUCGAUUGACAACAUUACAGUUGUUGUUUCCAGCACUAACAGUUGGUCCUCAGCGUUUUGGGAACAUUAUCAGAAGGUAUCAUGGCAGAAAAAAGGAAAUACAAAAAGACCAAAGAGGAAAUUCGGCGGGAAAUUGCACGUGAAUUCGAUUUACCCGAGCGUAAAUCCAAAAUAGCUACAAUUCUCAAACAGGAUGAUCAGGCUUAUUGCAUAUGCCGCACAUCCGACUGUUCCAGGUUUAUGAUCGGUUGCGAUGGCUGUGAGGAGUGGUAUCAUGGCGAUUGCAUUGGCAUCACCGAGAAGGAGGCGAAACAUAUUAAGCAAUAUUACUGCCGCCGCUGCAAAAAAGAGAAUCCCGAUCUACAGACCAUAUUUCGAUUGGUUGCCACCGAAAGAACAGCCGCCUCAACAAGUGGUACGAAUUCGGGACCGGGUCCUGGCCUGGGGUCUACAAAUGCUGGUGGUGUCCAGCCAGGACUGCCAGCGCCUGCCGUCACAAUGAAGCGUAAAAACAGCAAUGCCAGGGAGCCCAAGGGUGGCAAACGUUGCGGCACAUGUGAAGGCUGUCGUCGUCCCAAUUGCAAUCAAUGCGAUGCCUGUCGUAUUCGUGUCGGCCACAAGCCGCGCUGCAUUUAUCGGACAUGUGUGGUACAGGCCGCAAAUGCUGGAGGAAUGGCUGCGACAACGACAACUGCCGCUGGCCGUAAGCGAGAAAAGGCGACAGCAAAGGAUCGAAAUCCCAAGGGUAUGUCUGCGCCACCAGUUAGCCCCGAAAUCUACAUAAAUCCCGAGCUGGAGGGUGUGCGGCAAUGUCAUGGUCCAAGCUGUCGUUGCCAGGCACGGCCACAAAGUAAAUACUGUAGCGAUAAGUGUGGUUUCAAUUUGGCCACCAAUCGGAUAUUCCAAGUCCUUCCACAGCGUUUACAGGAAUGGAAUCUGACACCCUGCAAUGCAGCUGAGGAGAACCGUACGCAAUUGGAGGGCAUACGACAGAAACAGUCGAUGGUGCGUUUCGCACUGGCCGAACUGGAAAAGCGUUCCGAUGAGCUCAAUAUGGUUGUGGACCGGGCCAAGCGGAGUUCCAUUGACACGUCGCGGCAGCAGGAUUACGGAGAUACUGCCGAGGAUGAGCAAAGCAUGUAUUGCAUUACCUGUGGCCACGAGAUUCACUCGCGGACGGCUAUUAAGCAUAUGGAGAAAUGCUUUAACAAAUAUGAAUCCCAGGCCAGUUUUGGCAGCAUUUUCAAGACCCGUAUGGAGGGCAAUAAUAUGUUCUGUGAUUUCUACAAUCCGGCCAGCAAAACAUAUUGCAAGCGACUGCGUGUCCUUUGUCCUGAGCACAGCAAGGAUCCCAAGGUCAGUGAUACGGAUGUCUGUGGAGCUCCGCUCGUUCACAAUGUCUUCAAUCCAACUGGUGAGUUUUGCCGUGCCCCGAAAAAGAAUUGCUUCAAACACUAUGCCUGGGAAAAGAUUCGUCGGGCUGAGAUCGAUUUGGAGCGAGUGCGUCAAUGGCUGAAAAUGGAUGACCUGAUGGAGCAAGAGCGAGUGCUGCGACAACAGCUGACAUCACGCGCCAAUUUACUUGGCCUUAUGCUUCAUUCCACCUACAAUCACGAAGUUAUGGAUGAGCUGGUCCGAAAGCAGCAGGAACAUUUGGCUGAAUUUGAGAAGCAGAAACGCCGACAAGUUCAUCAUCAGCAGUUGCAGGCUCAUCAGCAACAAUUGCAAGCUCAGCAACAGUUGCUGGCCCAACAACAGAUGUUACAGCAGCAGCAACAGCAAAAAUUUUUGUACCAACAACAGCAAUUAAUUAAGAAAUAAACACUUCAGAAUAAAUAAUACCUUCCCUUACUUUAAGAUCUCCGUUCCCAUUCCUAUGCAAUUGUAAAAACCUCAAUAAAUUGUUAAAUUAAAAAUGGACUUAGCCAGUUAAGCUUAAGUAUUCAAAACUUAAA